AUGGCGGGGUACUACAACGGCGGUGGCAGGACCAUGUCCUACUCCAACACCGACGAGUGCUUCGACGGCGGCAGGACCAUGUACUCCAACACCACCGAGGAGUGCUACGACGCCGGCAAGCACGGGCACGGCCACGGGCAUGGCCACGGUGGGGCAAACAUGUACGCCAACACCACUGACGUGGAGUGCUUCGACUCCGGCAGGCACGGCCACGGCGGUGGCGGCAGGACCAUGUACUCCAACACCGUCGACGAGGAGUGCUUCGACUCAGGCAGGCACGGGCAUGGGCACGGCCACGGCCACGGCUAUGGGCACAACGACGGUAGGGCCAUGUCCUACUCCACCACCACCGAGGAGUGCUUCGGCGGCGGCGAGCAGGGGCAGGGGUACUACAAGAAGGAGGUGCAGCAGCACAAGAACAGGGAGCGCGUCGGCGAGGUCGGCGCCCUCGCCGCCGGUGCCUUCGCCUUGUACGAGGGGUACGAGGUGAAGAAGGACCCGGCGCACGCGAGGAAGCACCAGAUCGAGGCCGGCGUGGCGGGCGCGGCGGCGCUCGGCGCCGGCGGCUACGCGUACCACGAGCACCGCGAGCAGAAGCAGGCCGCGUACGGCGGGCAGCAGGAGUACAGGAUGCCCGUCCACAACAGCUACUGCAACAUCCAACGUCCACCGAUCGUCGUAUAG